GUGACGUCAGCCUCGAGCACUUCCGCCUCCGAGUUCGGGUCUAGUCGGAGACUGUCUACACCCCCCCUCUCCUUCCUGUUACGUCACGUUCGCACAAGCUCCCUAGGCCCCGCCUCCCUUCUCAUAUUCGUGGUUAUGACAGAGGAGGCCAUUCCUAUCUCUUAUGGUCUGGCACAAGAAAUGCGAAGUGUUCUACACUGGUUUUCUGAAUGGACAGAACAUCAACGAAAGCACUUUAUGCAGGAUCUACUGUGUAAAGCAGUGCCUGGCAAGCUAUGCUUGCUCCUUGAAGGACUGGGGUCUUUGCAACUUUCUGCUCCCCCUCCAAGCCUUUUUCAGUGUCAAAUGAGACUUUGGGAUCAGUGGUUCCAGAGCUGGGAUGAGGAUGAAAGAAAUGAAUUUUUACGACAACUGGAGCAGCAAGACCCAAACUUUGUGGCCCAGUUUCACAAGGAGGUGGCAGGAACUGCAGGCCAGGCCUAGCCAGAAUAGAUAUGAAUAUAUUUUAUAUAAGUAGAGGAUAAUAAAACAAGAGGAAGCUUUCAUUGAUUCAAAGAUGAAUAGUACUGUAGUCUUUGGUGCCUUACAUCUCUUUAACCCCCUUAAGGACCAAGCCCAUUUUCACCUUAAGGACCCGGCCAUUUUUUUGCACAUCUGACCACUGUCACUUUAAGCAUUAAUAACUCUGGGAUGCUUUUACUUUUCAUUCUGAUUCCGAGAUUUUUUUUUUGUGACAUAUUCUACUUUAUGUUAGUGGUAAAUUUUUGUCGAUACUUGCAUCAUUUCUUGGUACAAAAAUUCCCAAAUUUGAUGAAAAAAUUGAAAAUGUUGCAUUUUUUUUUUUUUUUUACUUUUAAACUCUCUGCUUAUAAGGAAAAUAGACAUAACAAAUAAAUUAUAU